CCUAAGACAGUGGGAUGGGAAAACAACGUAUACAUACAUCAUCAGUGUGUAUCUUGUUCUCGUUCGCUUUAGAUCGUUCUUCGUUCAUACUUAUUAUUAAACAAAAUGGACGUUUUAGUGAAUCGUUAUUAUAAUAUUAAUCGAUUGCUUUUAUUAGUUAUCGGUUCUUGGCCAAUGACUGAAAAAUCGUUUAUAAAUUCGGUUAUAGAAAUGAUACAAAGUUUUUUUGUUUAUGUCAUUCUUAUCUCAUCUAUACUUGUUCAGAUAUUUAAACUCAUCACAUCUGAAGCUACACUCGAUCUUUUCGUAAACGUUUCUUCUUAUGCGUUUCUUUGUAUGGUAUAUCUUGCGAAGUAUGGUCUUCAUAUGUUACAACUUGAAAACAUAAAGUGUCUUAUUAUACGAAUUCAAAGUAAUUGGAAUUUAUUGAUCGACGAGAAGGAACUCGAAAUUAUGGAAGAAUAUACGCAAAAGGGAAAAAAAUUUACGUUCAUCUGUCUAAUUUUGUCCUGCUUUACGAUUAUCGUACUCCUGACUUGGACGAGUUUUUUGUUUAUUUCCGAUGUACUCUUACCAUUAAACGGAUCUCAUCGAUUGGAAUGUCCGUUUGUGGCGGAAUAUUUCAUAGACGAGGAGGUUUAUUAUUAUCCUAUUUUACUACAUAUGUAUACGAUAUUUCUCGUCGGACUGAUUGUUGUUAUUGCGACUGAAGCAUUUUAUACUAUAUGCGUGCAACAUGCCUGCGGUCUUUUUCAUAUCGUUGGAUAUCGUUUCGAGCAAGUAUUCAACGACAGUAUUUUAAAUUCUAUUUCGUUAUCGAGAAAGAGUUUUGAAAUCGAGAACUCGAUCGUUCGUGCUAUUAAUUCGCAUCAAAAUGCUAUUGAGUUCGUCGAUCAUAUGAAUUCCUGUUUCUCAAAUUCUUAUUUCAUCUUGACGAUUUUGGGCGCCAUCUCUCUAAUUAUGAAUUGCACUGACAUUUUACAAGCUAUGAAUCCGAAUAAGAAUUAUAAUCUGAUUAGUGCUUCUGUUCGUGUACUUAAUGCUUUUGUACGUAUCGUUAAUAUCAUUUGUUAUAUGUUUGGCAUAUUUUAUUAUGGACAGAAACUCAUAGAUUGUAGUACCAAUAUUUUAGAGAAAGCAUAUACUAUUCCUUGGUAUCUGACAUCUUCGAAGAUAAAAUUUUCUUUAAUGAUGGUUUUGCAAAGAAGCUUGAAGAAAUCUACUUUAUUUAUUGGCAAUUUAUUUCCUAUGUCGUUGGAAUUAUUUGGAACGAUCUUAAAAACGACGUCUUGUUACAUUACGACACUUCAUGCAUUGCAAUAUUGAUUAGAACAAUUCUGUAAUAUGUAAAAGUCAAGUUGUCAUACGUGUGUAUAUAUACAUACACACACACACACAUACACACAUACAUGCACAUAUACGAUCAGACGCAUGUUCGCAUUGAUAUAAUUUGAUUGAUCAAUGUGCAUAAUACUCACUACA